UCAAAACGUAAAAUGUUUGCAAAAAGAUGCAUUCUCCAAAUAUAACAUAAUUUUAGAAAAAUAUAAAGUUAUUACGGUGUAAAUAAUGUCCGGAGGUCUUAUUGAUAAAGUAUAUAUAGGAUUAGACAAUGCGCCAGCCGCAUUCGACAUAAAAUCAAGAAUACUCGGUCCCAAUGGAACAAACCUCGAGUACAUAAGGUCCGAAACGGGAGUAGUGGCAGUGUUGAAAAAUGACAAAUUCGAACCAUUGCAUUUGGCGUUGCACCAUACGCGCUCCGAAGCUCUAGCAUCGGCUAGAUCUCUGGCACAGAAUCUAAUAGAGACGAUUCGAGCUGAGCUGGCGCAAUGGAGCGCGGCGCAGGCCGGUGGGCCACCCCCGGCGCUGAACGUUCCGCCGCCGACGUUGACGACCACCGCCGCGCCUCCUCCCGCGCCGCCGCCAGUCGCGUCGGCCGUCUCCACACCGUCCUCGAUGUCGACGACGGCACACCCGACCGUCAUACCGCCGGUGGUGAGCGUGGCGCCCGCGUCCGCUCCGCUUAUGACCGUCCGUCAGCCAACGGUACUACAACUUCUACCUCAGCAGCAGUAUGUUCUUAACCAAGACAAUGGGCAGCUAAUUCCUAUAGUUCAACCGGGCGUGCAAGUAUCCAAUACUAAUUUCACAUCGUUACCAAUGGCUCAGCAACUGAGUGCGCUCCAGCAGCCCAAUUUCGGGACUCAACUAGUAGACUUAUCCAGUAUGCAGCCCAUAAAUGUGACACAAUUGAGAUUAAGCGGAGUGCCUUCGUCGAUGUCUAUGAUACUGCCCAACAGUUUCUCAAUUCCUCAAGCGAGCUUAACGGGUGCCGAUACGACUACAGUCAGCUCUGCGACAGCCACACCCGUCGUAUGUGCAGCUCCCAGUACUAAUUCCUCGCAGAAAAUCUUGUACAGCACGGAGAAGGUAGAUAAAGAUGUGAGGUACCACAUACAAGGAACUGAUGCAAUGCAAUGGACCGUGCCGGGCUCUCAGACUAUGUUAAUACCUUAUCAGCAGUUUCAGGACCUUACAUCUAAUCAGACAGGCCUGACAAACAUACAGCCACAACAAUAUGUUUCUAUUGCUCCAGCAAAUAGUUUUCAACAAACUUCAUUACCACUAUCAGCGGCACAACUACAUCAACUACAAGCCACUGGAACCAUUAUGCAACUAAAUCAAAAGCCAAUAGUAAGCAGCGCGUCCCUAAUUAAUAUAAUAUCAACAGGACAAGCGUCUUCACCACAUAUUAUAUCAACCUCCUCUACAUCAACAAAAAGUAUAGGACAAGAGGCGAGAGGACAAAAAAGAUUGUCAGAUGGUACACCGAGUCAAUUGCAGCUCCGACCAAUCGCACCCGCUGGGUCUCAUGUUAGCCUGGACAAGACUUCGACUCGAGACUCACGGUCGUGGACAGCCGCAGGUAGAGAAAAUACGGUUGUCAGUAUGGGAAUGAAGAUCAAUCCAGCGCACGGUACCAUUAUACACGUAUCUUCGGGACAGCAAACUAAUGUUUCGGCGUCCGGAAUAACUCAAGAUGGUUCAGGAAUGUACAUAAAGCAGAUAGAUAGAAACUCCAUUCAGAUCCAAACCAACAAAGACGGACAAAAGCAGGACUUGAACUCGAGCAAAAUGCAAAGCACCGCCCAAAACGUUCAAAUGAUCACGGUUCCGCAGGGAAUGACAGUAUUACAAAACCCUUUAAACAUAAGCCAGAUGCCGACCGUGAUCGGUCAACCGAACAGUCACGUAUACAUGAUACCGACCAACCAUCCCAAUUUGGUGCAGGGAACGAUUCCUCAGGGAUUGCUCGGGCAGCAGAUGCUGCAGCCGGGGCAGAAUGUGACUGUGAUGCAGCCGAACCAGCUGGGAGUUCCUGGGGGCGUCCAGUACAAUGUUCCCAUAAUGCCGAUGAACAUGCCUCCCAACUCCCAGUACAUGCAAGGACUGAAUCUCAACGCGCAAAUUUCGGCUCAGCAGCUGAACGCGGCGCUCGCCAACCAACAGCUUGCGAAUUCCAACCUUGCUGUAUCCGGAACCAUUCCUAUAGUGCAGGCUCCGCCGCCCUCGUCGCCGAUAACUAACGCUCAGACCGCGAUGACGCAGCAGGCUCAGCAAAUGUUGCCGCAGAAUUCGACGUUCAUCACACCGACAUCCCAAUACGCCCAGAUGCCUCAGUAUAUGAUGCAGGCCAAUUCUGGAACGUUAACGAUGCCUGGAAACAAUCCCGCGGUCCAGUAUAGCAUUCCGCCGGCACAGGCUGCCACCCCAGCACAGAAUACUGCGGGCAAUGGACAGUCCUCGACGUCCGAAAACGAGAACUCGAACGGAACGAACGGUCAAACCAACUACAUUUCUUCUUCGUCGCAGGAGAGCAGCUACAUACCAGGGACGACCACGAUGCAAAACGCGCAGCAAAAUUUCACUUCCGAUGCUAGCACGACUCCCACUGCAGGUUUCACUUCGACUAACCAGACUGUUUCUCAACAAACAUACUCGAAUAACGGCAGCGGCACACAAGCGUCUACGUACAACGGCAGCCAAACGUCAACACAGCCACCAAACUACGCACAGAACACAUCGAACCCCCAAACACCGAACCAAACAUACGCGACAGUAUCCACGCCCACCUCACAAACGUCGCAGACCAAUUUCUCCCCAUCCACAACACCAGCUCCGAUUCAGACAUACGCCGGUGCGUCUAUGCCUACUUUACCGAACGUGGCUUUUCCGCCGAAUCAAACACAUCAGAACCCGUAUCCGAAUGCAACGGGUCAGAACAUGGCGGCCUACGCCAACAAUCAGUAUCAGUACACCAGCCGCCCCUGGUUUAGGCCGAGAUACGGCUCCCCCCAGGGCUCCCCCUACUCGGGCGGUGUUCCCCCCGGGAAUGGACCCCCUAUGCCGGUCCCCCCGCCAUCGAGCAACUACAACUACUGGCAGGACAGUUGAAACUCUGAGUGAUGUACCGAUUCUGGCGUUACCUUGAAAGUUCGGUUGAUCCGAAAACUUGCGUUCUUCCUUUGACUAAAAGUUUUACUUUGUUCAGUAUAUUAAAUAUUUUGUAAAUAAUUUAAGUUUUAAGCGUAAAUGCUUGCAAUGUCGACGAAAUUUUCUUAUUGAAAACUUUAAAAUACCAAACUUAUGAUUAGUUUAAAAGUGAGGGUAGAAAGAAUUUGAGGCAUCUUGCUCCAUACACUAUGUAAUGCUAUUUUUAUUAUAUUUAUUUUUUUAGUCACAACUCACUUUUAUGUGGACUUGUUUUAAAUACUUGAAAUGAAAUUUUACGUCUAAUCUGUACUCAAAUUGAUGUUUCUAUGUUUUUGUGGCCCGUUAAAAACAUUUUUAACAUUAAAUCAUUUACAUGUUAGUCAAAGAAUAUUGUUUUGUCCUAUAGUCAAAAUGAAAUAAAGUGUCUCCAGCGGUCGUUGACCUUUUUAGUCAAGGAGCUAUAUGAAAAAUGCUCGCACUGUAUUCAGUUAACUUAAGAAAAAAAUGGAACUG